AUGGGAGCUCUUGCUCAGGUAAUUCCGUGGAUACCCGAAGACGACCUGCUUCUAAAGAACGCCAUAGAGGCUGGGGCAUCUUUGGAGUCGCUUGCUAAAGGCGCUGUGCAGUUUUCUAGAAGAUUUUCUAUCCGAGAACUGCAAGAUCGAUGGCAUGCUCUCCUGUAUGAUCCAGUAGUUUCUGCAGAGGCGGCUUUUCGGAUGACCGAGCUUGAACGUACUAACUCUAAUUUUCCUACAAAGUUUGCAAGAACUGGGUAUUCAAAAGAAAACAAAAGUUCAUCUAGGAAGAGGAAGGCUGAGAAGCUCAGAAGUACUUAUCAUUCCUUGCGGAAGAAAUUUCGCAACGAGCCAUUCAAUUCGUUGGAUCUAGAUUUCUUUGUUCCACCAAAUGACAGCCACUUCAUGAAUAAUGGUGAUGCAACACAUCUUGGUCUCGAAGACUCUCACAUGGAUAUCAUCCACAACGCAUUUCCAGAUACCUUGGCUGAUGGCGGUUGCGUGACAAAUCAUGUUGUGUCAGGAGAUAAUUUACAGGGAGGCAUUUCUUAUCUCGGAGGAGAAAAUCUCACAUUCACUGAACAUGUAGGUCCUUCAGAAUGUGAUGCGGUUCAUCAAGGUUCCGAUCAGAAAUUAGAGAUUUCUGCUCAUGAGCUGAAAACCACAAUGGCCACCACUAAUCUGCUAGAGAUUUCUUCUCUGUUGGAAGAGGAACUGUUCAUGGAAGUAGAUGACAAAGAAGUUGACAAGUCAUAUUAUGAUGGUCUUAGCUCACUGUUGGUGGACCCGGCAAACAAUACAAACCACGGGGAUUUGCCUAAUUCCACCGAGCAAGAACCUUCCAUCGCACAUACUCAUCCAGUAGUUGCAACUCUGGAUGAUCAUUUGAUGCAUGAGCUAGAUGGUACAACUGCUCUUGAUCCUCAUCCUGAGAUUGUUGGCGGUGUCAUCUGCUGUUUAUUAAACCAAGAGGAUCCUGAUAUUCCAUGUAACGAUGACAUUUUUCUGCCCAACAGCUCCCUUCCCUUGUCAGUAUCUUCAUUAGCUCGGCGGAGCUUUAAAGAUACAAAUAAUCCAAUAACUUCAGGUGCGAGAGAUCUCUCUGCCAGUAGAGAGAAAAGUGAGGGAUCUUCACUCCAUACACAAAAGAAAAUACCAGGACGUUUGCAAGUGUCUUCUCAAGGAAAACCAGAGAUAGGUCAACCAAGUAAAGGUAUAAAAUUCAAGGCAUUGGCUAAUCCUGAGUCACAUAAUACUGUCGCUCGUGGUGGUUCUACCGGUUCUGCACAGGCAUGCUCAAGCACUCUGCUUUCUGACGGUAACGGUGCAAAAGAUGGAAACAAAGAAAAGGCCAGUGGAAAACUCAUCGUUGGAAUCAAUGGUCAUGGAAGCUGCCCCGAGAAGGAUAGUGGAAACAGUAAAGUGGAAAAAUGUGUAUUGCCAAUAAAUGAAGCGCCACAUGCAAAUGACGCUGAUAAUGGCUCGAUAGAGAUUUUAGACCCUGAGCUGGAGAUCACUCAAACAGAAGCAGACGGGCUUGGUUUUGAGAGUGACGAGGACUUGCCGAAUUAUUCUGACAUUGAGGCUAUGAUACUUGACGGGGACUUGGAUCCUGAUGAUCAAGAUAAUUUUGAUCUCGAAGUCUCCAAGUAUCAGAGCCAAGACAUGAAAAGAACAAUAAUAAGACUUGAGCAGGCUGCUUAUUCAUAUAUGCAAAGAGCCAUUGCUUCCCGUGGAGCUUUCGCUGUCUUAUAUGGUAGAUAUUCAAAACACUACAUCAAGAAACCUGAGGUUUUGGUGGGUAGAUCAACCGAAGAUCUCGCGGUGGACAUUGAUUUGGGAAGAGAAAAGCGGGGCAGCAAAAUAUCUCGACGCCAGGCGAUCAUACGGUUGGGUGAUGAUGGGUCGUUCCAUAUGAAAAAUCUGGGGAAGUAUUCAAUCUCAGUAAAUGAGAAGGAAGUAGAUCCUGGACAGAGUUUAAUCCUCAAAUCUGAUUGUCUUGUUGAGAUACGGGGAAUGCCUUUCAUAUUUGAGACGAACCAAAUCCGCAUGAAAGAGUACCUGAAGAGAACAGGAAAGGGGAACUGA